AUGCUCCCGCCGCCCCCGCGCCAGCCGCCGCCCCAGGCGCGGGCGGCCCGCGGCGCCGUGAGCCUGCAGCGGGCCUUUCUGCGCGGCCCGCUGGGCGUGCUGCGGCUGCUGCAGCUGUUGGCCGGCGCCGCCUUCUGGAUCACCAUCGCCACAAGCAGGUACCAGGGCCCGGUGCACUUCGCGCUCUUCGUGUCCGUGCUCUUCUGGCUGCUGACCCUGGGCCUCUACUUCCUCACGCUGCUGGGCAAGCACGAGCUGGUGCCCGUGCUGGGCUCGCGCUGGCUGGUGGUCAACGUGGCACACGACCUGCUGGCGGCCGCGCUCUACGGCGCCGCGAUGGGCAUCAUGAUCAGCCAGACGCAGAGCCACAGCUACUGCAACCUCAAGGAUUACCAGAUGUCCUGCGCCUACCACGCCUUCCUGGCGGCCGCCGUCUGCGGCGGCCUCUGCCUCGGCCUCUACCUGCUCUCAGCGCUCUACGGCUGCUGCCGCCACUACCAGGGCGAGCAGGAGGUGGCGUGAGGUCGCU